ACAACACCGUGCCCGUAGAUUUCCUCGGCGCCAACAUACCCCACUCGGUUGUUACUUCCGUAUUCCUUGUCUAAUAGGCCUGCCUCAUUCCAGCUUGUGUCUUGAUCACCACCACCUUUGUCGAUUUUGUCCAAUCACUUGCAGCUUGCCCCUCGCCAGACUGCUCCAAGAUGCCAUACCUUCGAGGCAUCGAGGUGUCGCUGACCACGAAACCCGACAAUGAGCGGAUCCCUGAAUAUCCGCAUCCCGAGGGCACUUCGGCUCGGCUCCUGGGCGAUGCGGUCGACAGCCCAGCCCGUCAGGCCGUAUAUCGCAAGACUAACCCAGUGGUUUCAGUAUACAUACCCUCCAUUCCAGGGACUCCGUUUGCCAUCAACUACAGCAUCAACACUGUGCCUCCUGCCCCUUGCAAGUAUGUCUUCUUCCGGCUCUACAUGAACGGCCGAUCUAUUGCUUCUUGGGGUAUCGACCCAAAUGUCCGGCCCAAGGGUAAGGUUGCCAAGUCGCUGUGGGCUCCUUCGGGAAUGUACUACGACGAGGUUGGAUUCGAGGGACGCAACUUUGUCUUCCUUCCGGGACAGGACCACAAGUCGGUGGCCGAAGACGGCGGGCUCAUCGAGAUACGCGCCUUCCGGGCAAAGGAAAGACGUGCUCGAGCGCCGAGACUGGAAGAGUUCAGAUACCAGGAGAACUAUGGCAUUGCUGCCCCUAGUAUUGGCCUUCUUGACCAGCCGCAAGAUGUGUGCUUCUACGACUGGCACCUCCUUGAUGCGAAGGAUUCCCCGUUUGCGUCUUUCAGGCUCCACUACCGGUCGUGGAAGAAACUCAAAGAGCUGAAUCUCAUCCCGGCAAAUGAGCUUGACCUCCUCUGCGCCGCUUCACCGAAGGCACUCAAAAAGAUGCUCAAAGCAGAUUGUGAAGUUGAGGGGUCGGUUGACGAACGGGAGCGGCUGUCGCCUCAGUCAUAUAACUCAGACGAAGCUGUGUUUCAUGAUUGCAAGGAGGACCCGGAUACAGGACGCGACAGAGAUCAAAGUACACCGCACUACUCCCUCAAGAGUCCUCCUGAACUUUUCCCGACCGCGUCGUCCAAGUUUCGAAUCCCUCAGCCAAGCAAAAUGCUGCGAGACGGAUAUCGCGAGUCCUACUUACAGCGUCCGCUACCAGAACUCCCGGUGGUGGAGGAACCUGGCAGGCUAUCCAGACGCUCAUCCACAGGCUCUGUUGUAUCAGCCACUCCGUCAAUCACUCCCUCGCUUCGGCAGUACGUCGAAGAGGGGUCUCUCAAUCCUAAGGAGAUUGAGGUCGGCGUGGCGCGGCUGGUGCAGCUCCCUCCGUCGGAGUCAGGCCUUAGUGUCAGCCCCGAUGCAGAACCAAAUCCUACUACAGGAGAGGAAUACUCGGUUUCCGACUACGACACCUCCCCGAAAUCGACGGGCGAUUCCUUCACGGACGAGAAGCUGUCUCCAAGGCGUUAUCUCCCCAUGACUGGCAGCGCACUCGAACGUGGCAUCGCCUUUUUCAGCUCGCCCAAGCAGCCAAGAUCAUCGCAGGGAUCGGAUUCAGCCGCCCAGAACGUUCGACCAUUGGAGGAGCGAAGUCUGAGCAAGGCAGUAUGGAUCAGCCGCACUCCCUCUCCGGUUCGGAGAGAAUCGGUCUACGGUUCUGCUCGUCGUGACUGUAGCCCCCGGCCAGACCGAGAGAAGGGCAAGUCGCUGUUUGCUGGGCUCCGUAAAAGGAGCCUCAGCGGGUCGCCACGCAACUUGGCAGGCAUCAUUCUUGGCCGCAAUGUGUCCAAGCCGGGCUAUGGUGAGAACAUUGUUCAGCGAGGCAUUGGCAACUGGAUGUGACGAGUUGGUUUGGCCAAUGUGGCGCUGUUCUCGGUUGAAUGUGCGCGGUCAUCAUACGAGUGCUGGGCAUUACUCAGGCCCAACUGAUCAUAACUAGGAGGGAGGCUCGGUAUGUUGUGUGUUGUACUAGUAGUGUAUGGAUUGUCCAUUUUAGCAGGGCGUCAGGGU